AUGGCUUACAAAGUAGACAUUGACGAUGCAGACGUGCAAGUGCUAAGUGACAACUUGAUCAAAUCCAAGGAGCUUUUUGAGAGUAUCAACAAGUCGCUCUUGAAAAUCUCGCUGAAGACGCAAACGGCCCACACCACCAUCAAGCCGGUGCUCACCAAGGUCAACAAGUUGUACGAGUCGAAACGAGAUGUAGAAGACGGCCUAUCCUUGCUUUCCGAAGUUAACGAGAGUGUUUCGCAGAUUAACGAUUUUGAAAACAUGCUCAAUAACAAGAUUGAAGUGUUGGGACUACUGAAGUAUAUGACAACUUUGAAGCAAUCGCGUGGGUUGAUGACCGAGAUCAGGCCCAGGUUCAAGCAGUUCAAGGGGAUAAUCCGCAAUUUCGAUAAUCUUCUCGAGCGGGCGGAGUUGAAAGUUCAAAGCCACAUCGACACCGUGCUAAACUUGCCCGCUGAUAAGCUUGUUGAGAAACGGAACGAUGUCAAGGUGAUUUUUGACUAUUUUGCCAAGCAGAGAAACGAGCAGCAAGUUAAAGGUAUAUACAUUGACAAGCGGGGACGCCAAUUGUCUUUGCGACUCAAGGCUGUUGAGCAAAGUUUGAGACCUUCCGUGAUUGACGAGCACUAUGAAAAGCAACAGAAUGGAAUCAACAAAUAUACCGAUGCCGUGGUGGAUGCCAUCGCGCAGGAAGUAUACGUGUUGAAAGAGUGCCAGUUGCCGCAGCUGAUGAUUGGUCCCAUUCUGGACUUUGCCUUUGUCGACUACAACCAAGUGUUGAUCAUCUUGUCGCAGCAGAUUCAAAUGCAGCAGUCGCGCAACGAGACCAAUUUGAUCUUGCUUGAAGUGAUUGACAAUGUGCUCAAGAUGGAGCAGGCGCUCAAGAGUCGAUAUAAUGUCAGCAACACCGCGUUCAGCAAGCACAUCAUCACGUUCAAUAUCCUCGGCUCGGCGAUUUUCCCCAAUUUCAUACGGCAAGUUGACGCGAAAUUCACUACCCUCAACCAGUUCAACGAGGCCAGCACGCAUCAAUUGACGGCCGAUGCCAUUAGUGUCGCGCGCAGGAUGUGUGAAUUUAAGCAGCCCUUGCUCAACUUGAUCUCGACUCACACAGCUGGCGAUUGGAUGAACCCUCAGCCGGAGCUCAGCUACGUCAAGAUUUAUACCUCGCUUAUCCUCAAUGCCACGCCAAACAACUCUCCCGAGUACAUGUUGUCGUCGUAUUUCUCCGAUAUAAUCGACUGCAUCACCAUCAAUCUCCAGAUUGGACUAGAUAAGCAGGCACGGCAAGCGGCAUCCUCGGGGGAUAACCAGCGCGCCAUGAAGAAGUCUGCCCAGGGUUUCCUCUUGAUGCGCAACCUUUACAUGAUUGAAACCAUUGUGAAUCGAUCCCCUGAUCUCCAUGGGAUAUUGGGCACCACGGGCCAAGAGCGGAUCGCCAAGUUGAAGAACAAGUUCAUGAAGUUGUUUUUGGAGGAUUUCAGCUUUGCCUCGUACAUCAUCAUCAAGGGGAUGACGCAGACUGCCGUGCUGUCAACUGCCCAAGGUGGUGCCAGCGGCGGUGGCGUGGGAGGUGUCUCGACUGCCAACUCAGCCUCAGCGAACAACACCACGUUAUCUAUAAACUCGCACCAAGUGGCCACCAAUUUAACGUCAAAGGAGAAGGAAAACGUCAAGGAUAUCUUUAAGAGGUUUAAUGAGAAUUUCGAAGACGCAUUGGCCACGUAUCAGACUUUCAAUUUCGGCGAUCAAAACUUGCGACAGACGAUGGCUACUGAAGUGCGCAAGUUGAUCUUGAAUGUGUAUUUCAAGCUUUACGACAAGUAUGGCCAUUCCGAUUUCACAAAGUCAAAGUCAAAGUACGUCAAGUGGGAUAAACAGGAGUUUGAGAAAUUGCUCAAUGACAAGUUGUAA